CGGUUGGGACGGUUUUGUGGCUCCAUCUUCCCUGCACGAGAUGUUCUCUAGCCUCUCCUGCAGCGAGGCGCGGAAGGGAAACUUUACAGGGCUCCGGGAUUCGGAACGCGUGACCAUGGCAACAGAACGUUGUGCUGACCGUCUCCUUAGCAACGGGCGGGCGCUGCUCCCUGCCUUGCCCCUUUGCAGGCGCUGGGACGGCAGCCGGGGGCCCACGGCUCCCCAUUCCCCGAGCCGAGGGUCCCUGCGGGGGGCUGGGCCAGGAUGGCUUUCGACCUGGAAGAAUAUCUGCGGGCAGCUUUCCGGGACAAGCUGCUGCUGCCGUGAGAAAAUGCCUGAAAGAGAAGAUGACUACCUGACCCCGGCCACCCGUCUGCUGGAGAAGAGGAGGGAGCUAGCAGAGGUGGAACAAGCCCUGUUGGCACAGAAGGAGGAGUUCCAGAUGAAGAUGGAGAGCCUGCAGCAGCGCCAGAAGGAACUGCAGCACAAGGAAGGGCAGCUCAAGGAGGCUAUCUUCAAAUUUGACAAGUUCCUAAAGGACAAUGACUCCAAGCGGAGCCGGGCGCUGCACAAGGUGAGUGAACAGCGGGAGCAGGUGGUGCAGAAGGUCGUGGAGGCCAUGCGGUUGCGCCAGGAGAUUGCCCGGCUGCUCGUGGAGAGGGACAGGCUGCAGCGGCGCCUGGAAGCCCAUGCCAUCUUCCGGAGCUACCUCCAGGGGGUGUUGGAGAAGACUGAGCAGUUCCAGGAAAUGCAGGCGCUGAUUGACCGCUUUAGGACACUGACUGCCACCAACGUGGCGCUGGUGCAGCAGGACCUGGGGAGCCGGGAGGCCAUGGCGGAGAAGCAGGCCCAGCUCCAGCAGUACCUGGAGCAGAGCAACAACGAGAUCAUGCAGCUCAACAACCAGCUGGCCGUGCUGCAGGCCCAGCAGGAGCAGGCCCGGGCCAAGGUGCACCAGUGGGAGUCCAAGUGGACUGAGAUCCAGAACACAGCCGCCAAGAAGACCCUGCAACUGGGGCAGAUCAAGAUGGCUGCCCUCAACCUCUUCCAGCUGGUGACAAAGCAAAUGAAGCUGCAGGUGGACGUCCCCCUGGAGGACACGGAAACCCAGCUCGACACGGUUCAGCUCUGCAUGCUCGACCUGGCUGACAUCCUUGCUGACCUCCGCAAAGGGGAGCCUGCACCUGCCAUACAGCCCUCACCUGCUGCUGCCAGCUAAGCCACUGCACCGCAGCACCCAGCUGCACCACCUCCACUCUCCAUGGCAGCUGGACCAGGGCCUUGUGCCAACCACCACCAGACCUUUGUGAGAGCAGCUUCCUCUCCUGCUGCCCCAUGGAAUCACCACACCUGCAGCCUUUGCCACGUGCUGUGGCCACGUCUACAGACAUGACCCCACCUCAGCCAAAUGGACAGCCUCAGCGUCAGGACUUCGCUGCCUGGGGGAAGGCUCCCGAAGUGCAUGGGACAGAAGUCGCAGUGAUCUUCAGGUAUUUGCAGCUAUCAAGUCUGCCUACUGAUGCACCAUUAACCGCGAGGGCUGGAGUCUUCCAACCUUCUUCUGGAACACCAGGACCAAUGGAGAACGCGCAGCCCCUCUGGGGAAAUACUUUGCUCCAUCCUUGAGCAACGCAGGGAUUAAAGCAGCAAGGGCCUGACCCACUUUAAAACA